GACGUAUCCAAAACACGUCCGAUGUUUGACCACGGGUGAGGACGGAGCGCAUCUCAGUGUGUGUCCGUAGUGAGCGCGCGCGACAAGUUCACCUACCAAAUACCAUGCGCCAGCCGAGCGCCAAAAUCUGAAUUCGAAUUUGGAAUUUUUUACUUCUUUACUUUUUUAUGUUUAUUUUUUAAAACCAGUAACACAAUGUGGAAGUGUUUAUUUAUUUUAGUGCUUGUGGCUUUGACUUUCACUUGCUCAGAGGGAAACUUUGUUAAGGAUGCAAGAGGGGAGUACACAAAGAACAUCUUCGGCGGGUUUUGGGGCAACCGGCCGCCGCUGGUAGAAGCCAACCAGCCGAGGACCACGUGCUCUUGCAAAUGCGGUGAAAGGAACGAAGUCUCUCGUAUCGUGGGUGGUGAUGAAGCUGGUAUUAACGAGUUCCCCUGGAUGGCUCGCCUGUCUUACUUCAAGCGGUUCUACUGCGGAGGCAUGCUCAUCAAUGACAGAUACGUCUUAACUGCUGCUCAUUGUGUUAAAGGAUUUAUGUGGUUCAUGAUCAAAGUGACCUUUGGUGAACACAAUCGUUGCAACGCCACAACUCGUCCUGAGACCCGCUUCGUGCUCCGCGCCAUCGCCAACAAGUUCACUCUCACCAACUUUGACAACGAUAUAGCCUUGCUACGAUUGAACGAGAGAGUCCCCAUCUCAGAAACCAUCAAGCCUAUCUGCUUGCCAACUAAUGACAAGAACUUGUACGUUGGAGUAAAGGCCGUAGCAUCAGGUUGGGGCACCCUCACAGAGGAGGGCAAGGUGUCCUGUACGCUUCAGGAAGUGGAAGUACCUGUCAUCAGCAACCAGGAUUGUCGUAACACCAAGUACACCGCGUCUAUGAUCACUGAUAACAUGUUGUGCGCUGGAUAUCCAAAAACCGGACAGAAAGAUUCUUGUCAGGGUGACAGCGGUGGGCCACUAAUCGCUGAGAGAAAGUACGACAAACGCUACGAACUGAUCGGUGUCGUCUCGUGGGGCAACGGCUGCGCAAGAGUUGGUUAUCCAGGUGUAUACACUCGUGUCACUAAUUACCUCGACUGGAUACGUGAAAACACGCAGGAUGGAUGUUACUGUUCCGACAUAACAAUGUGGUUGUGUUACCUAUUUUGUUUCCUAUGUGUGUUUAGUAGCAGCUCACCGCUCAGUCUAACUAAGGAUGAUCUCGUGAUUUCACAAGGAUCUUUUCGUGGACUAUCUCAUUAUGUCAAAAGGGAGAUUUUACCCUGUGAAGACUGCGGUUGUGGAGAACGUAAUGAGGAGCCUCGAGUUGUUGGUGGUAUGGAAUCUAAUGUGAACUCCUUCCCGUGGCUCGGUCGUCUCAUCUACGAGAAGGCCUUCGGUUGUGCUGCAUCGCUCAUCAAUGACAGAUUCGUUAUUUCUGCUGCACAUUGUGUGAAAGGGUUCAUGUGGUUCUUGUUCCGUGUUAAGUUCGGUGAACACGACCGUUGUGACAAGAGCCAGCAGGCCUUAAUGACUCGCUACCUGGUGAAGAUCAUCGCUCACAACUUCACCCUGUCAGACCUUAGCAAUGACAUCGCACUGCUGAUGCUGAACAAACCUGUCGAGUACUCCUAUGCCGUCAGACCUGUGUGCCUGCCUACGACAGAUAACAAUUCAUACACGAGUAAGACAGCAAUAGUAGCGGGAUGGGGAGCAAUGAACGAGACAGGCAAGUGGUCGUGCACGGUGCGGGAGGCUGAGCUGCCGGUGUUAAGCAAUGAGGCCUGUCGCAACACUAAUUACAAUGCCACCAAGAUCAAGGAGGUCAUGAUGUGCGCUGGGUUCCCUGAGACCGCGCAUAAGGAUGCUUGUACUGGUGACAGUGGAGGACCUUUGAUUACAGAGAAUGAAGAUCACAUGUACGAUUUAAUAGGUGUAGUAUCAUGGGGAUAUGGAUGUGCCAGGAAAGGUUAUCCAGGAGUAUACACGAGGGUCACGAAGUACUUAGACUGGAUCAGAGACAAUACGCAAGAGGGGUGUUAUUGUAAAUAUUGAAGACACUUAUUUAUAUUUAGGUAGUUUAGGAAAUUAGUUAAUAAGAAUUGUCUAUGAAGUUUUUGCGGGAUAUAUCUAGCUGAUGUACGUCUGAAAAUAAUAACUGAUAUUAUACAAAUUUUCUGACUGCCUCGUUGGCCUAGUGCUCGCAAUUGUGACUGCCGGGCAAGGGGUCUCGGGUUCGAUU